UCAGGUCCAGCGCGAACAGUGUGGUUGUCGGUGAAGGAGGAGGAUUGAAGACUCUUCUCCGAAACUUAUCCAAGUCCUUCCCAAUCGGAUUUCUUUCCUUCUGUUUUUGAAAGAACGUAGACAAACCCGGUUGGAUUACCUCUCUUGUAAGGAAUAACGUUUUGCUUAUUGAAAGGAUCCUCUGACUUCAUUUCAAAGAAGGUGAAUAGGAAAGGGUCCGAGCAGACAGUCAGGCUGUCGACGGAGGAUUUCAGCAGACAGUGAAAAGUUCAUCAAAGUCAAACAGCUGACAACAUGUCAGCAGAACCGGUGGCGGACUGCAGCUUGGGUCCCUAUGCCCUGUCUUGUGUGUGCUGCUUGGCUUGCUGAGCCCUCAGGUACUGGUCUGUCUGCGUUGGGCGUCAGCUGAAGCAGGGAUACAGCGACUGUGUGGUGCUGUUGGUGUCUUCUGUGGUGGAGGCGGGUCAUCGGAGGGCCCAGAGGCCCGGUAGCAGGUGGAGGGGCCUGUCCUGUCUUAGCCACACACGAAGAUGAACAAACUGAACUUCCACAACAACAAAACCAUGCAGGACCGCCGCUGUGUCUGUGUCUUUCUGCCCAAUGACGACACGCUCAAUAUCAUAGUCAACGUGAAGACUUUGUGUCAGGAACUGUUUGUCCAGGUGUGUGACCUCCUCAGGCUGAAGGACUGUCACCUGUUUGGACUCAGCGUUAUUCAGAAUAAUGAACACAUCUAUAUGGAGUUGGACCAGAAACUAUCCAAAUACUGCCCCAAAGAAUGGAAGAGAGAAGCCAGCAAGGGCAUCGACCAGUUCGGACCUCCAGUGAUCAUUCACUUCAGAGUUCAGUAUUACGUUGAGAAUGGGAGACUGAUCAGUGACCGCGCAGCCAGGUACUACUACUACUGGCACUUGAGGAAACAGGUGCUGCUCUCUCAGUGCGUCCAAAGGGAGGAGGCCUACUUCCUCCUGGCCACCUUCGCCCUACAGGCCGACCUCGGCAACUUCAAACGCAACAAGCACUUUGGGAAGUACUUUGAACCCGAAGCCUACUUCCCCCCGUGGGUGAUAGCCAAGCGUGGCCGUGAAUACAUCCUGAGGCAUAUCCCAAACAUGCACAAAGACCAGUUUGCUCUCACGGCUUCAGAGGCGCACCUCAAAUACAUUAAGGAGUGUGCCCAGCUUGAUGACGUCACUGUCCACUAUUAUAGACUUUACAAGGACAAGAAGGAAGUAGAGGCAUCUCUUACAUUGGGACUGACUUUACGUGGGAUCCAAAUAUUCCAGAACGUUGGCUCUGUGAGGCAACUGUUGUACGACUUCCCCUGGACCAAUGUCGGGAAACUGGUGUUUGUGGGGAAGAAGUUUGAAAUCCUCCCUGAUGGUCUGCCCUCGGCCCGUAAACUCAUCUAUUACACAGGUUGUCCAAUGCGCUCUCGUCACCUCCUGCAGCUGCUCAGCAACAGCCACCGGCUCUACAUGAACCUGCAGCCGGUUCUCAAACAAGUCCGUAGACUGGAGGAGAACGAAGAAAAGAAGCAGUACCGGGAGUCAUACAUCAGCGAUGCUCUCGAGCUGGACAUGGAGCACCUGGACAAGCAUUCCCGGGCUAGUGGCAGCAGCGCAGGGAGCGUUUCUCAUCAAAACCGCCUGUCUCGCCACUCCACAACCAGCCAAGGCAGCUCACACACCUCUGGCAUUGAGACCGACAGCUUCAGGGCCCUGGGUCAGACCCCUCACCGGCCCCUGCGAACCUGCAGCUCGUCCACAACCAGUCACGGAAGUUCACACACCUCUGGCAUCGAGAGCAGUGGCAAGGAGCGCAUAUUAGACGAUGACGAGAUCGAGAUGCUGGUGGAUGACCCCAAAGACUAUGAGGAGAUACAUGAGAUGGCUCUGGACCAGGAGUUGUGUAUCCACAUCACUGAGGACAUGCUGACUAUGUCACCCGACCAGACCAAUGGAUACUCAGGACUGAUAGUGAAAGACAUUAGCUCCUCCACUUCCAGCUCCUCUGAGACUGUCGUCAAGAUGAGAGGACAGAGCAUUGAGUCUCUGCCACAGACAUCUGCAUGCAGGAAGCCUCAGUCAUCGACUGACCGGCACAGCCAGUCACUGGACGACAUCCGGCUCUACCAGAAGGAUUGCCUGCAGUGGGCGGAGCUCUGCCAGGACACCGCCCACAGCUACACGUUUGGCUGCACUCAGGAGCUGAGUGACGCUGGCUGCUACCAGGGCCUGGCUGAUCAGCGAGCCGGCAUGCUUGGUGAGCAGCACCCCUUCCCCAUCAAGAGAACCAACAAGUACUUCUCUCUGGACUUGACCAGCGACGAGGUCCCAGAGUUUGUGGUGUGAAGGAGGCAGAAACAAGGCGACCUCAGGGUGACCUCUUCACACCUCCUUGUCAGAUGAGGAGAUGUUUCAGCCCUCAGGGAAUGAGACAAGAGAGGAGUACUAGAGGUGUGGUUUCUGUUCUUGCAACAAGCAGAAGGGAUGAGGAAACUGGCAACAAGAUUGCUGUCCCUUCAGUUACCACUCAAAAUGUAGAAGGCAUGAUAAGUGAACAGACAAGGAGGAUUGUGGCUGAAAUGGGAUUUUUAAGGAUGAACACUGGGCUCCAGAGAACAAAAGAGAGUGUGCCAUCUUCUAUGAAAAAAAAAAUUUAUACAAAUGACUCCUCCAAACUAAUUUCAAGAUCCACACAUAGUGUUUGCCUGCUUUAAUGAGUCAUAAAAACACAGUGUGCGUGCACGAAGGCACACACCAUACAGACUCAUACACAGACAUGAGCACUAUGUCAGAAAUCUUCUGUGGAGGACACAUAGGACAAAAUCACUGAGCUACAAACCAAAGAAGAAAUGGAAAUAAACUGACAUCUGUUUCUGCAUCCACACUAUUGUCACAGUGUGCAGCCAUGAUGAAAAUGUGUCAAAGUCAUGGUGAAAGGGAAGGUGGACCCAUACUUCUUUGAGAGAGACCAGCCGUGGGUCCUCAUUUUUCCUUUCUUCUAUGCCACUUCAUUUUACCUCAACAGGAAGUGCAGUGUGCCAACACCUCCUCUCAGACUGAACUUGUAAUUCUGUGAACACACACUCAAUGUGCCUUCAUCACACUGUGCAGGUGUCCAACCCUUGCCUUGACAAUCACACACCUUCACCUUAGUUAUUUUAAAAGAUCCAAGCCAUCAGAAUUCAAAGUUUUACUUUACAUUUCAUUUGCAUACCCAGCUAUUGUAGUUUAUUAGCAUCUUAAAGCUACAAUAUGUGACAUUGAAAAAUCAAGCUAGUGCUAGCAUGAGACUCUAAAAUCCUCUGCUCUGCUCUGCUCCUCGCUCCACCUGACCCAUUGUGAACACCGAACCAGUCAAACACCUUCACCGUUUGGAGAGAAAUUCAAAGUUAGUGGGCACAUUCAUCUGGCGGGCACUAAAAUAAUGCAAGUCACCGAGCUUACUGCCCUGCUUCGUGUUGACUGUAGACACAGCACGACUGUAUGGCAACUUCACUACAGGACAGGACAACAUGACACAUUUUCAGCCAGCACAGUUUGUGAACAUUGGCAGAGAAUGAACAAGUGCAUCCUGAAAAAGGCAUGUCACAAAAACACUUUGUCACUCCAUCACAUACAGGACACAUGUUUGAAAACACAUCUGAAACUGAAUAAAACACACUGUUGAGUGUAUAGCUACAUCACUGUAAUAACUGAAGGGAGUAGCACAUAACUGAGCUCCCACCCCCGACUGUGGCCUUCUCUGAUUGGUUAGAGAACAGUUCUGGUCAAAGCCCUUUAGAAGGGAAUAUCUCUGCAUUGCUGCCUGGCUGUUUGAUGACUCACUGAUAGUCCCUCUCCACAAUAAGAUCAGUUUUGGGGGAUGUUUUCACUAGAAGAAAUACUUGAAAAAUGUUACAUACUGCAGCUUUAAAUAACAAAAGAUUCUGAAGUGAAACUGUUUCAUGUCCUGUGAAAUCCGACCAUGUUUCCUGGGUGGAAUGAGGUAGAGUAAGUUCCUACGUGUCCUGACUCGCAUGAAGCUUGUGGCCACAAGACCAUCUCUUUAAUCUAGACACAAAAUGGAGCCUGGGUUGGCUGCCACCCAAAACAAACCAUACAUUUAGAUGCUUAAGUAUGUCUUCCUUUGAUUCUUCUUUUUCUUCUCUCAUCUUAAACUGGAAUUUAUUUCAUUGUUUAUUUGUCAUCCUCUCAUUUCACCUGAAAUCUCUUCAUGUUGUCUUUUGGAAUGAAUUGUUUAGACUUAUAUAUGUUGAGCAGUUAUUCUGUACGUAGUUGUAUUACCAUCAGCAUUCAGUAUUACCAUCAAAAUGUAUGUGACAGUAUUAAGGACGUGUGAUGUUUGCGGCUCUGAACAAGAAAGACUGGUUUUACCGUUUUUAUCUCACAGUUAGAUUCAUGAGACCUGACACCUGUGCUGGCUGACAGGAUGUAUUACAAGCUGUUAUUACUCCUAAAUCACACCUCAGAUUUCAGUAGACUACAACAGUGUGAAUGACGACAGGAGGUUGUUGCAGAUUAAAACAACAAACAGUGUUUUUACUUAUAAAUCACCUGCAGUUCAAACUGAAAGUGCCACAGUCAAGACUUUAAAAUUUAGUUUUUUUUCCAUUCAAAUCAAUGAUGUUAUUGUUGUUUGUUUUAGAUGCAACCAGAAUAUUUGAACUACUCUUGUGAAGAGGUUUUUUUAAAACAUUAUUAUACUCCUGUUUGAAUGAGGUGGAAAACCCUGCACCAUACAGUAACCUUUACCAUAACUGUUGAACAGCAUCUUGGUUUAAAAAUGAACUUUGGACUUCUACAAAACAGCUUUCCAAGUUGUUGAAAUGAUUUUUUAAAUUAUAAAAAAAGACUGGCUUCUGCUAAUAUAUGAUAUUAAAGGGAAAUGUGCGUAUUUACUUUCUUGGAAGACAGGAUUCAUACUUUUGCAUCAGUAAACAAAAUAUGAAGCUAUAGCCAGCAGCCAAUUAGCUUAGCUUAGCAUAAAGACUCAAAACAGGAAAAUAGUUAAAGAAAAUCCAUCUCCCACACCACUAGAAGUCACUAAUUACCACAUUAUAUCUCAUUAGAUUAAUCUGUACAAAACCAAGGUGGAAAAAAUGAGAAUUGGAUGUUUCACAGUUACAGUAUGUGCUGGAGUCAGAAUCAUGUCUUUGGAAGUGACUUCUCCCAGCCACGAAAUAGUUGGACUCACAACCUGUGUAGAAACACUGUCAAUUUUACACUUAGGUUUUUGUACAGAUAAACAAGAUAUAAUGUGUUGAUUAUUGAGCUUCAGAGGUGUUAGCAUUUUGUUACUUUUAGACAGAGCCAAGAUAGCUGUUUCCACCUGUUUUCAGUCUUUAUGCCAAGCUAAGCUACCCAGCUGCAGGCUGGAAUUAUAUGAUUACCAUGAGAGUUGAUUUAGUCUUCUCAGGAAAGUGAUUAGGUGCAUUUUUCCAAAAUGCCAGACUUGUUUAAAGGUUCAUUGGUAUAUGCCAUCCACAGAUGGGAUUAUUUUAAAAUAUAAUAAAAUAUACUAAAAUUUUAAAAUGUCAGUGUGUGAGACAUAAGUCAAAACCUCACCUGUGUUGAUCAACUUGUUAACUAGCUGAUUCAAACAUCAUGAUGUGUAAUUUUGUCACUUUCCAAUAGUAUACAAAACUUAAUUAUAUUCACAUGAGUUUUUUUGUGCAUGAGUCAUCCUAGUUCAGUGUUACAGACCCAGCUUGGCAAUAAAGCAUCUGAACAAGG